CUGGUGUUUUCAUUUCAGCAAUGUUUAUAGUUAUUGGAGCAUAUUAUAUAGCUACAUCCAGAGAUUUAAAGCGCAUAGAAUCUGUUAGUAGGUCUCCGAUAUAUGCAGCAUUUGGCGAAACUAUAAUAGGUGUAUCUACUAUCAGAGCAUUUGGUGCCGAAAAAAGAUUGAUGAAAAGAAUGUUGCGACUCGUAGAUGAUAAUAAUCGACCUUACAUAUUCAAUUGGGCAUGCAAUCGAUGGCUUCAUGCUCGUAUUGAUUUCGUAGGUGGUCUAGUUGGACUUUCCACUGCUUUUAUUAUUGUAUAUAAUCUUUCCAAGGGAAUGGAUCCAGGUUUAGCAGGUUUCGCAUUGAUAAAUGCUUUAAGUUUAACCGACAAUGUAAUUUGGGUUAUUCGUUUGUAUUCCAUGCAGGAGUUGAAUAUGAAUUCAAUUGAGAGAAUCCAAGAUUAUCUGGAAUUGGAAGAAGAACCACCAAGAAUUAUUGAAGGUCAUCGCCCACCACAGGAGUGGCCUUCAAGAGGAGAUAUUCAAAUUGGAGUUGUUGGUAGAACUGGGUCUGGGAAAUCCACGUUGGCUACAUCUUUUUUUAGAUUUAUGGAACCAAUUUCUGGUCAAAUAAUUAUUGAUGGUAUAGAUAUUUCAACUAUUGGUCUUUUCGAUUUAAGGUGCAGGCUUACUAUAAUACCUCAAGAUCCGGUGUUAUUCAGCGGAACGUUGAGGAGCAAUCUGGAUGUUUUUGGUGAACAUGAUGAUGCUGAACUAUGGAAUGCACUUCGAAGAGCUCAUCUAAUCGAUGAUGCAACUACAGAUUCAGGCACUAGUAAUGAUAGCAAAUUAUCACAGAACGAACAACCACAAAGCCAAAUAUCAUGGACUCUCGACGAACCCGUUAGUGAAAAUGGUAACAAUUAUAGUCAAGGUCAACGGCAGCAGAUUGCACUCGCGAGGGCAUUGGUUCGUAAAUCUAAGUUAAUUAUUAUGGAUGAAGCAACAGCUAGUGUAGAUUUUGAGACAGACCGUAUGAUUCAAAAAACAAUACGUGAAGAGUUUAGCGACGCAACUCUACUAU